UCUUGAAGAAAAUACGUAGAAGUCGGAGGAAGGAAGGGAGGAGGUACGGGGCGCUCGAAUCGCUCGGUACGUCUUUGCGCGCGCGCUACGUCGAGAUUGGUGGCAGCACAGACGUUCGCUGACGGGCGAAGGAGUCGGUUCUCGGUGUCGGUGUCCGUAUCCUGUCUCGUGCCCGUGUUCGUGUCCCACCGACUUACAUUGCGCUCUCGUCGCGGAAGGGCAACAACGCGACUAAGGAAGGUACGUGUGCGCGUGUAAAAAAGAGAGAGAGAGAAAAGAGGAACACUUGUAUUGUUUCGUUACGAUCUGAAUUUCCAUUUCGUUUAUUCGUGUGGUCGGAAAAGUGUCAAUCGGUAAAACUUAAGUAAAAAGUAAUUUUUUUCAAAGAUAUUCUCGCGUGUGAACGAUCAAGAGAUCCGCUCGUCCGCGCCUCGCUCCUGUCUUCUCGCGGUCUAGUGGUGUGGUACUGUAGUAUAGUGUGCCGUCGACGGUGGUAGUGGUAGAGCUGCUGCUGCUGGUAGUGGUGACGGUGAUGAUAGUAUAGUGGUGGUAGUAGCAGUGCACGCUGCUGGUGUUCGUUCGUACGUCGCGGCUCUCGUCGAUUUGGCGGCUGGGAGGGGGGAGGAGGAGGCUCCCCAUCCUCCCCUUCUCUCGCUCACGUUACUACGGUUAUCCCGUAUAUACUUUUGGAUGCGAAAAACGCGCAUACCUGCACCACCAACGAGUAUGGAGAUAUCUAAGACGCUACAGGAAGAAAUACUCACCGUGCAAAACAAGCUGAAGAAUGCCAUACGCGAUCAUCAGAUAUGCGUGGGCAAAUUGAAAGAUGAUCCACACAACACUAUCAUUCUCGGACGGAUACAGGACAUCCAUUUACACAUCGUCUCUUUGGAUAGAUGUCAGAAACAAGUCCUACAGCGGUUGCGCAAAGAGGUCGAGGCAUUCAAAGCGCAAAAUGCAAACGGGCCGAAAGUUUCCCUAGCGUCGUUGCUUGGUUUGGAUAAUAAUAAUCGUCAUAUCACGAAUAAUAAUGAUAAGAAAAGUAACAAAGUGGUGGGAAACGCCAACAAUCUUGACGUUAAGAUAUCGAAGGAUGAUUACGAGGACACGGUACGCAACAGCGACGUACCGUCGCCCUCGCAAGAAAAUUCGCCUUCCAAAGAUCGAUCGAGCUCGGUGGAGACGAUAUCCGGCGAGGACGAUGUCAUAGAGGUCUCUAUGGAUGAAAAUUCAAACGAGACGCAAGAGGAGCUUGAUAAAAAGGAUUGCAAGAACGAAUUCAACGAAAAGAUCACGUUCCUAUCGAAUUUGAGCCUGAUCACCAAUGCGAGAUAUUCCGAAUUACAAAACAAGAGGGUAGAAAGGAAACGACGUAGCACAGCUAAUCCUCAAUUUGUGUACUCCUGUUUUGAGGCACCUAUGAAAAGGAAGAGAUGCACGUAUUUGCAAUCCGGUGGAAGUGCACCUCAGACAAGACAAACGACAGCUCGCAUGAAUGGACCAUCGCCACCUCCUGUUAGUAAGACAGCCUUACCAAAAUCUACUUCGCCACCCUCGAGAACGACGAUAGGAAAAUCUCUCAUUCCCCUGCAAAAGUCGAUGACGAGACCGAACAUUCUUAGGAACGCAUCGGAAAACAAAGUCUAUACCGGAAAGGGCAAAGUUGAAAAUGGUUCAAAUUCCAUGCCAUUACCGAUCGUUGGUACGAAAACGAUACAAUCAACUGGUAGUAGAACUGUCCAUAUACCAGGAUUACCUUCGAGUUUAACGAUAGAGAGGAUCGAAAACGAUUCGAUUGUUUGUAUAAGGUGUAGGAAUCCAGGUACUCUGACGGUAUGCGAAAAUUGUUCGGCCAACUACCAUGUAUCCUGUCAUUCCGUCUCACCGGCACCCCCAAGAAUUUGUCCCAAAUGUGCGUUCGUCGAGGAUGACGAGGAAGAGGAGGAGGAGGAGGACGCAGAGGUCCAGGAAGCUGAAGAGGAAGACGAAGAGGAAGAAGUAAAUGGAAGAGAAUCCUGCAAUAAGGAGGAAGAGCUCGCUACAGCAUCGUACGCGUCAGGAGCUAUUAGGAAAGCAGGAGAAGACACAGAAAUCCAUAAAGCGUCUUGUGGACUUUAUAAAGCUGAUGCAACUACGAAAAGGCACGUGCUCGCCUCCGCGCUCGGAAUCGGACAGCUUCCAUCCUCGACCUUCCUCAUCCCAAUCUCCCCGGGUAACGUCACCGCCCCCAACCACGAGUACUCGACAAUUAGUGCAAUCGCAACAAGAACUGACGUCGAGCAAUCAGAGAACAAUAAUGGCAACGGUAACAGUAGUGGCCGAUCCUAUUCUUCGAUCGUCCUCAACCAUUUGCCACAGUCAAACAUCAGUUACGUGCAGUCAGAGCCCCAGUUGCCAUAUGCCUAUCAAUUACCAAUCAGUAACGUUCAACCAGAAAAGCAUCAGUCAUACCUCAUCGUUAAAAAAAUCUCAGAUCCAAUCGGAAGGUCCACUCAGCUUGCCAUCGGAACUCAAUCAGAAGGGCAGAGUCUUUCAACCUUCUUCGACUCCCAACUGCCAACCACAUCCCGGUACGAAUCACGCGUUCACUCUGAGGUCACCCUCGCCCAAUCAUCCGUCUAUCUUGAGAAGCAUUUCUCCGAGUCGAUCGGCCGAGGUCGUAAUAAGAAGACAACCAAUCGGACAAUACCAGCCCUCAACCGUAUCGUCGAUUCCGAAGAAUUCUCCAUUACUACCAGCGACCGUCCUGUGGAACGAUCAACCUACAAUGGCAAGAAGCCCAGAACUAGACAGUCUAGAAUCAAGCUCGGUAUCGAUCAUCUACGAUCAACAACAAGAGACGCAGAGUUUAUCCUACCCGCUUACGACGGUAGCGCAAUCUCAACCGAACAAUUCUCAAUGUCAAACAGUGCCAACACAAAAGAGACGUUUCUCGGUGGUCGAUCAAAGAAUCGAACACGAUCAAGUGGCUUACUCCACUCUCUCUUCUCAGGCUACGACUCCUCCAGUGUCGUCGCCGACGAUACCACCCUCGUCCUCUCACGAACCACCUGUAAUACAAACGACAAAGACCGCACAGACCUGUACCAACAAUCGUAUCGCAAAACUGAUCGUUUCGAAUCAAUCGAACACCCAAACGAACACCAGCGCGGGACCAUCGCAAAGUUCUUCGAACACGUGAAAUUGGAAGAAGCGCAUAUAUCAGCGCCACCUAGAGCAAAGCUAGCGUGCAAGAGCACGAACAUCAAGAUCGAGGAGAUCGAUCGAACUCAACGGGAUGAAGACGAAGAGGAUUCUCAUCGAAGUUCCGAUAACGAAUUUCUCGAUGAAGAAACCACACGAAAUUUUAACGAACGAGUUGAACGAGUGGGACCAAAUGGCGAAGACGAUUCCCGAACUAAGACUCCUGAAUAUGUUGAACUUGUGGAUGCAGAACCAUGUUCGAGGACGACAACAAAAGGUAAUGUUGAUGGGAAUAUUUCAUCUAUAGAAGCAAUAUUGGAAGUAAAUGAUCAGAUUUCGUCUUCGAAGAAAGACCUGCCCGAGACGUCGUCUUCGCAGUCCCAGAUCGCACAAGUGAGUCAAAUUAAAUCCGAUGACGAGGUAUCAGUUCCUGAUGAUAAGGCUGACGUCGAGAGACAAGACUUACAUGGUGGCCGAUCGUCGUCCAGCACUCCUGACAGUGACGUUCCACAUAAACCACCGAUCAUUGAGGAAGAACGAUCCUCUAUGAAAGAACUCGAUGAAAAUCUAGGCAUUAGCUCCGUUUCUCUAGAAAAUAUGCGCGUUUUGGAACAAUUUGAGUCUGCUAUGCUGGAGGCCGAUUGUAGUAAGACCGCCACCUGUUAGAAAUUAAUUAGAGUAAACAAUCCUGAUUCUGUUAGCGCGCGUUAAUCGUAUUCGUAGCUGCCGUUUGUUUUCUUUUUCUUUUUUUUUCAUUGUCUGUUAUUAGUUACUUUCAUUCUUUAACGAAUCAAACUCUUGCAACACAAAGUAUACUACGUUGAGGAUUGUAUUCAUUUUUUAGUCUCGUCCUAAAAUCAGCGUAAAUGAGUUUGAUAGUAGCAGUAUUUUUUUUUAUUGAUUUUGCUGUAUUUUUUUUAGAUAUAAUAUCGUUGACAAAUCAAUGGUGAUAGUUAUGAAGAAAGUAAAGAAAAUUGAAAUUAAAAAAAGAGAAGAAAUAGAAGUAGAAAAGAAAAUUGUGUAUCUUCUUUGUUGUUUCUUUCUUUUUUUUUUUACAUUAUAUAUAUUGCAUUCGUAUCUUCCUUUUUUUAAUUAUUUAUCAAGAAUAUUGAUAUUUGCUAGAAUGGUGUUUUAGGAUUUUUUUUUUAUUGAUGAAAGUUCACGUGAAUUCUACGUGUCGAAGGUGCUUAUCACUGUUUGUUGUUACAGGUGUAUAUUUUUCGAUGACAUCAACAAAUUAUUCCUUAUUAUUACUGAUUUCGAUACACUACGAUCGGUCUAAUGCGAUGAAUUUUCUCUUGUUAUUUUGUGCGGUACGUUCCUAAUCACGAUUUCACGCGUAGUUCCCAUGAGAUCUACGAAAAAUAUAAAGAAUUCGCAUAUCGUGCAGUGAAUGAAAUAUACGCUGUUAUAUUUAGUGUGGAAUAUUAACAAGAACGGAAAUGAGAGAAGCCUAAUUUAAGGCAAAUCUAGCCAUAUUACCAUACUGCCUUAUUAGUUCUUCGAAUAAGGUAUUUUUUAUUAAUAGUUACCGCAUAUGAACCCAAGAGAAACGCACGACAUAUUGCGCUCAUUUUUGCGGGUUUAUGGAUAUAAUCAAAACUUGCUACUAUUGCUGCAAAAGUAGAUAUUAAGAAUGUGAAUAUGAACGAAUGAGUAAGAAGUGUAGUAGCAAAAAUAUAUUCUUAUGCCUAGUUAGUUAUGGUUAAAUACGUAUCGACUGUCUUUUCAUUUAUAUUAUUAUUAAUACGAAUGCUUUUUGAUAAUUUCCGUUACGAUGGUUCUAUUAUUAUAUUAAUCAUAAAAGAUUUGUCUUGAAAUUGUGAAAUAAAUGCAUUCGUUGUAGCAUGUUAACAGGGUAUGUUGAUCUGUUAAUAUGAGUUGUAUUUUUGUACUGUCGAUCGUUUUUAAAUGUGCAUAUUGUUUCAGUUAAAUAAUAAUGAUUGCAAAGAUGGUUUUAUAAGAGUAAUUACAUAUUCGGUAGACUCUUUGAAUCUAUGCCAGUGUUUUUCUUUUUGUUUUAUUUUCUUGUUGAUUGAGUUGAUUGCACACGAUACGACUAUCUAUUGUAUACAAUUACGCAAAAAAUUGUUAUGUGAUGUAGAUGACGAGAUUCAAAAUGAAAUUCGUAUUUUUAUGAAUAAAUCGAUUUAAACUCGACAGAA